AUGGACACAGGCCCUAAACAGAAGAGAGAAACUAAUCCACGUUACAAAGCGAAUAUCUUUUCUAUUUUGACUUUUGGAUUUACUUUAGAAACUUUCAAACUAGGAUAUAGUCGAGAUAUCAGGGAAAAUGAUUUGUAUGCCCCAUUGCCUGAACACAGAUCGGACAUUUUGGGUGACUCUUUUCAAAAAACUUGGGAAAAAGAGGUGGAAGACAGUAGCAAUAGAAACCGAAAGCCCAGCCUGUGGAGAGUUCUCGUUAAAAUAUUCGGAUGCGAGAUGAUGUUAUAUGGUCUGAUAUUGGCAGCUAUGGAAUUUCUAAUCAGAUUGCAGCAACCGCUGUUUCUUGGCCUACUACUGCGGUAUUACAGUCCUACUCAAGAAGAGCGGAAUGAGACCAUUCAUGCCACCUAUUUGGGCCGACUUUUUUCGUACUACGACGUACAUACUAACGUCGCAUGGGGGGAGGCUGUAUUCUUCGCUUUUGGUGUCAUAUUUUGCAGCGCUAUUAACGUGUUUGUAGCACAUCCCUUUAUGAUGGGUGUUAUGCAUAUCGGCAUGAAAAUGCGAGUCGGAAUUUGCAGUCUCAUAUACAGAAAGGCUUUAAAAGUUAGUCUCCAAGCUUUGUCUGAAAAUGAUGGUGGAAUGGUGGUGAAUUUGAUGGCGAACGAUGUCAAUCGCUUUGACACUGGACCUAUUUUUGUUCAUUACCUUUGGAUUGGGCCGGUUGAGAUUCUCUUAAUGACCACUUAUCUGUACCGGGAGUUGGGAAUGCCUGCCAUUUAUGGAUCCUUAGUUAUUGCUGCUAUGAUCCCGUUUCAAAUAUUUUUGGGGGUCCGCACUUCCCACUAUAGAAAAGAAACAGCUUUAAAAUCUGAUGAAAGAGUAAGAUUGAUGAAAGAAAUUAUUAUGGGUAUGGAAGUUAUAAAAAUGUAUACUUGGGAGCAGCCGUUCCAGAAAAUUAUAAGCAGCAUAAGACGAAACGAGGUGUACUAUAUAAAGAUGACAUCUUAUAUCCGUGGCGUGGUGUUGUCUUUCAUAAUGUUCACAUCGCGUUUUGCCAUCUUUAUCAUUGUGCUGUUAUAUGUCACCUUCGUGAACCGUAUAACCGUAGAGAAAGUAUUCUUCCUCACUUGUUACUAUAACAUAUUGAAACAAACGAUGACACUUUAUUUUCCACAAGCUGUUGGACAGAUAGCCGAGUUGAAAGUCGCGAUUCAAAGGAUUCGAGAUUAUUUACUUAGUGAAGAAUGUGAACUUCCGCCAAAAGACGAUUCUGAACUUCGGAAUAAUCUAAACAGACCUAAAAAGAAAGUUACUAUAGUCGUUGAACCAAUCAUAUUUCCAAGUCGAACUAUAAUAAAUGAUGAAUUACCUACCACAAGUACUUCACAAAAUAAACCGAUGGAUGCAAAUAAAGAGCGAACACGAGAAGCCGUGGUUAUAUUUACGGAUGCGUGCAGUCGAUGGAUAAAAUCAUCACGUCGAGAUGAUGUAAUUAAUAUAAACUUUAAAAUUUUAUCUGAAUCCUUAACUACUAUCAUUGGAGGAGUUGGAUCUGGGAAAUCAACACUGUUGCACAUGGUGCUCGGUGAGCUUCCGUGCUCAAGCGGCUCUGUCGAGACAAUCGGAUCCGUGAGCUAUGCUAGCCAAGACCCUUGGCUUUUUGUUGGUUCAGUUCGUCAGAAUAUUCUUUUCGGACAGCCUUUUAAGAGAUCUCGUUACAUGGAAGUAUGUAACGUAUGUGCUUUGGAAAGAGAUAUAUCGUUAUUUCCUCACGGCGAUAAAACAGUAGUCGGAGAACGAGGAGUGUCUCUAAGCGGAGGUCAACGAGCAAGGAUUAAUUUGGCUAGGGCAGUUUACAAAGAAGCUGAUAUAUAUUUGUUGGAUGAUCCAUUAUCAGCAGUAGACACACAAGUCGCCAAGCACAUAUUUGAGAGAUGCAUCAAAAGGUAUUUAGAAGACAAAACAGUUAUAUUGGUAACUCAUCAGCUGCAGUUUAUAAAAUCAGUAGAACAGAUAGUAGUUAUGGAAAAAGGAAAAGUUCUCGCUGAAGGAAAAUACGAAGAUCUAAAAAAACAAGAGCUGAAGAUAUUCCAAUUAAUGGAGAGCAACCGCAGGGAAGUUCAUGAAGAUGAUGAUUCCAAUGUACAACAUAGUACUUCUAUCGCCCAACCUAGUACUCUAAGCAUGUACAGACGGGCAUGGUCUACAGUUUUAGAAAACAGCGUAUCAGAACAAAAACAGGAAGCAGAAAUGCAAACUUCAGGUCGAGUACACGGUUCAGUCUACAAAGAGUAUUUUAUGUCAGCAGCGUCAUGUCCGCUCGUUUCUAUUGUGUGCUUGCUGUUCCUUCUGGCCCAGAUCUGUGCAAGUGCAUGCGACUACUGGAUAAGCAGAUGGAGUAAUGUCGAAGAUAAAUUAACUGGGGACACCACUCUGGACAAUAUUACGUGGUCAGAACAAGGGCUCGUACGAAGUCAAUUUUGUUUCAUUUUUGGAUUGAUCACGUUGACUACUAUAGUAGUCGCAUUAAUUCGAGCAUUCUCAUUCUUUUCUUUAUGUAUGAAAUCAUCUAUUUCGCUUCACGACAAAAUGUUCAAAGCAAUUUCACGUUCGCCAAUGAGUUUCUUCCACACCAACCCUUCAGGUAGGGUGUUAAACCGAUUUAGCAAAGAUAUGGGAGCGGUUGAUGAACUAUUACCUCAAGCAAUGAUUGAUUGUUUUCAGAUAAUCCUAAACUUAAUUGGCGUCAUAGCGGUGAUCUUGCUGACUGAUAUUGCUCUUUUGAUACCAAUUAUUACGGCGCUAAUAAUAUUUUACAUAUUGCGGGUCAUUUAUAUACGCACUACUGGUGCUGUCAAACGGCUGGAGGGCAUCACUCGCAGUCCAGUAUUCAGUCACAUAAACGCCACAGUACUAGGGUUGGCGACCAUUCGUUCGUUCGGCGCCGAAUUCUUGCUGGCCGUUGAGUUCGACCGCCACCAAGACUUGCACAGCGCCGCUUGGUACCUUUUCAUCACGUGCAGCCGGGCCUUCGGCUACUUCCUCGAUUGCAUUUGCCUGCUGUUUAUCAUCUGCGUUACUUUUAGCUGCUUGAUGAAAAUUGAUAUGGAAGGCAGUCAAAUAGGCCUUGCGAUCACGCAGUCUAUAUCCCUAACCGGCAUCUUCCAGUGGGGCAUGCGGCAGUCGGCGGAGAUGGAAAAUCAGAUGACUAGUGUCGAAAGAGUAUUGGAGUAUACCAAGUUGCCUCAGGAACCGGCUUUGCAAACUCCCGAGGAGAAGCGUCCUUCGCACGGGUGGCCCAGAGAAGGAGCCAUAAACUUCCAAAAUCUUAGUAUGAAAUAUGCACCGGAAGGGAGUUACGUUUUGCAUAAAUUGACAUUCAAUAUCAAACCUCAAGAGAAGAUUGGAAUAGUUGGUCGCACGGGUGCGGGGAAAUCCUCCAUAAUACAGGCAUUGUUCCGACUGGCAUACCUUGAAGGAACCAUUUCCAUAGAUGAUGUGGACAUCUCCUCGCUAGGUCUUCAUGACUUGAGGCAGAAAAUCUCUAUAAUACCUCAAGAGCCCGUGUUAUUCAGUGGAACAUUGAGAAAGAACUUGGAUCCUUUCAACAACUACCCAGACGAUGUCUUGCUAAAUGCGCUAAACAAUGUCGAGAUGCAGAUGCAAGAGGACGAAGGCAUUCUUUACUACCAAGUGGCAGAAGGCGGCAGCAACUUCAGCGUAGGCGAGCGGCAGCUAGUCUGCCUGGCUCGUGCUAUAGUCAACAACGACAGAAUUCUAGUACUGGACGAGGCCACUGCCAACGUGGACGCACAGACGGACGCGCUAAUACAGACCGCCAUUAGAGAACACUUCAGACACUGCACUGUGCUCACUAUCGCGCAUAGACUGAACACAGUCAUAGACUCGGAUAAGAUUCUUGUACUGGACGCGGGCAAGCUAAUAGAGUUCGAACACCCGCACAUACUGCUGCAGAACAAAAAGGGCGCCUUCAGGAAAAUGGUGGCGGAAACCGGCCCGGCCAUGGCGCAGCUUCUACAUCAACAAGCGGCUCAGAGUUACAAGAGCGCCGAGGCGUAGUGACAAAAUAUUUAACAAAAAUAUUUUAUUUUAAAAUACCUUAUUCAUAUUUAAAAUAAUUUACAAUAAAUAACAUACAUUAAUAACGGC